UCGAGUGACAGGUAGGAAGGAGCGCAGUUAGCCUACUUGGGUCUCGAUAUUGGCAAUGCAGUCUGCGCUAUUGUUUUAUAUCCCUCUAGAUAUGAGCUAGCCAGUGAUAAUCAUUCCACUGACGAGGUCUGCGACUCACUGCAUCCGGAGUUUAGGACUGAAACCAGGUAGGAAGAAAAGGAAAAGGGGUAGUUUCGGGCCGGGAGAGCCGAAUACCACAUCGCCGGCUUCCGGGGAUUCAGGGCAGCAUUGAGAAACAGCAGACGGUCUUCGGAAGGGCGAGCAUCCAUUAUAUAUAAUUUGGAUAGACAACCACUGCUGUAGUGGAACCCUAAACAUGUCAAGAAAGGUCCACAGAACCGAAGUAUGCGCCGACUGCAGUGCACCAGAUCCGGGCUGGACCAGCAUCAACAGGGGCGUUCUGAUCUGUGACGAGUGCUGCUCGGUGCACCGCAGCCUGGGACGCCACAUCUCCAUCGUCAAGCACCUGCGGCACAGCGGCUGGCCCCCUGCACUGCUGCAGAUGGUGCAGACCCUGGCCAGUAAUGGGGCUAACUCGAUUUGGGAGCACUCCCUGCUUGACCCAGCGCAGGUGCAGAGCGGCCGCAGGAAACCCAACCCACAGGACAAAGUCCACCCCACCAAGUCCGAGUUCAUCCGCGCCAAGUACCAGAUGCUAUCCUUCGUCCACAAGCUGCCGUGCCGCGAUGACGACGGUGUUACCACCAAGGACCUCAGUAAGCAACUGCACUCCAGUGUGAGGACAGGGAGUCUGGAGACAUGUCUACGGCUGCUGUCCCUGGGAGCACAGGCCAACUUCUUCCACCCGGAGAAGGGCACCACUCCACUCCAUGUGGCAGCCAAGGCAGGCCAGGUUCUGCAGGCAGAGCUGCUGGUUGUGUACGGAGCUGACCCCGGAGCCCCGGACAUCAACGGACGCACACCCAUGGACUAUGCCAGGCAAGCGGGCCAGGUGGAGCUGGCAGAGCGGCUGGUGGAGUGUCAGUACGAGCUCACAGACAGGCUGGCCUUCUACCUGUGUGGCCGACGCCCUGAUCACAAGAAUGGGCAUUAUAUAAUUCCUCAGAUGGCUGACAGAGCUCGCCCUAAGUGCCCGACACAGAGCCUGGACCUCUCAGAACUGGCCAAGGCAGCUAAGAAGAAGCUGCAAGCGCUGAACAAUCGAUUGUUUGAGGAGCUGGCCAUGGACGUGUAUGAUGAAGUGGACCGCAGGGAGAACGAUGCAGUGUGGCUGACGACUCAGAACCACAGUACUCUGGUGACGGAGCGCAGCGCGGUGCCCUUCCUGCCUGUCAACCCCGAAUACUCAGCCACACGCAACCAGGGUAGACAGAAGUUGGCCCGUUUCAACGCUCGUGAGUUCGCAACGCUAAUUAUCGACAUCCUGAGUGACGCCAAGAGGAGGCAACAGGGGAAAGGCCUGAGCAGCCCUACUGACUCUAGUCUGGACCUGGGGGCCGACGACGACCAGCAUGACUACGACAGCGUAGCGUCGGAUGAGGACACGGACAGUGAGCUGAACACUCAGAACAACAACAACACACAGCGCAACAACCGGGCCAAGAGCAUGGACUCGUCGGACCUGUCGGACGGGCCCAUCACGCUGCAGGAGUACCUGGAGGUUAAGAAGGCCCUGGCCUCCUCCGAGGCUAAAGUUCAGCAGCUGAUGAAGAUCAACAACAACCUGAGUGAAGAGCUGCACCGGCUGCAGAAAGAGGUGAGGAAGGGGGGUCCUGGCUGUCCGACACCCUAUGGAGGACCGCACCUCUCUGGCUCAAUGGAGAUGGGGAGAUACAUGGGCCCUAAAGGAGAGAAGCACGGCAGUGGUACUGAUAGUGACUAUGACAACACUCAGACAUAUGAGCUGUCGCUAAGUAGGGGGCGCAGCAGUGAAGAGGAGGGCCGGGGGGAGUCUGAGGAGUGGGGUGGGGGUGAAGGGGGUGAGCCAGACCCUACCCUGCCCUGCACCGAAGACGUCAUCCUCAAGACGGAGCAGGUGACCAAAAACAUCCAGGAGCUUCUGAGGGCCGCACAGGAGUUCAAACACGACAGUUUCAUUCCAUGCUCUGAGAAGAUCCACUCUGCUGUCACUGAAAUGGCCUCUCUCUUUCCCAAGCGGCCUGCUCUAGACGCUGUGCACUGCUCUCUGCGCCUCCUGGCGUCCAGCGCCUCCCGCCUCCAGGUGGAGUGUCGCAAGGCGGCACCCUCGGAACUGUCAGCGCCCGCCGUCGACUACCAGCUGCUCACCCAGCAGGUCAUCCAGUGCGCCUAUGACAUCGCCAAGGCUGCCAAGCAACUGGUCACCAUCACCACCCGCGAGAAGAAACAUUGACGGGGGUAGAGAGGGGACGGACAGGGGAGUGGCAAGGGGGGCUGCAAGACUGACAAAGGGAGGGGAGAGGGAUGGUGGUAGCAUCGUUUUCCAAGCUUCCUAGUCAAGUGAUGAACGAGACUUGGAAGGUUGGCAUCGCGAGGGAGAGGGAAAUGCCAGCCAAGGGGAGAAGCUAUAUUGGCUGCAGACCGAAAAGAUCUCUGAGGAUGAAUAAAGAUGAAAUGAGAGGAAUUGAAGGUAGAGAAUGAAGAGCGGGGGAAGACCAGGUGGUAAUAUUAUAUUACAAUGGAACGAAGCUGAGAAAUGGCUGCAGCUCUCACUACUAGACUGAGAGAGAGCAGUUCUGCGGGGGAGGGGACUCUAAGGAGGAAGAGGAGUGUGGACCAUUGAGACAGUAAUCACAUGCAGGGGAUGGACACAGCAGCUCAGCUCUCAUCAUCUCACUAUGAUCUCACUCCAUCGUUCCUUUGGAGAGGGGGGGGAUCCCUUCAACACCCCUCUCUGUGCAGCGCCUCAAACCCUCAUGAGACAGAGGCAGGCUGGACCUUAUUCUUUUCAUGUUUUUUUUUUUGGUUUCGUUUUUUAUACCAAUCUGUUGGCCUGUACCUCUGGGGACAAGAAUGACUGAUUUAAGAAAAAAACACUUACACUGGAAUUAUUGUGAUUAUUAUUAUGCCCAUUGUUUUGUAUUAUUUUUACGGUCAUGAAUUACAUGAUCAUGUAUGUUUAUGUUUAUUUUGAAGUCGUCUCAUGUAUGAUGGUUCCUGUUUAGAGGACCAGGGAGAGCUGUGAGAAUACUCGCUCGCCUUCUGUCUGACUGGAUCUUUACACAUGCACACACACAAACACUAACUUGUGAAAUGGUCCUCAAACACUCCUGGAGCAGUCCAAUUCCUCCCGGGUGACAUUUCAGUUUUUAUUUCCUAGAUUUUUUUGGUUUCUACCUGUCAUGUUCUAAUAUGUCAGUAGCCAAAGGGGAAGGAAAGGGGUAGAAUAUGCUAUCAGUAGAAAAAGCCCUGGUAGCGGCAUGACAAGGAAGUGAAUAUAUUAUGCAGCCAUUGGCUGCUUCAGUCACUAGAUAAAGCUCAUCAUCUCAAUGGCACUACAGUGGGAUCCAUACAAAGCUUGCUCUUAAACAUAUGCCAACUCGAGGCAGAGUAGCUAGAUUGGGAACAAAUGUUUUGUGAAAAUGACAAACUGCACUUGCUGUAGGUUUGUGGGGGCACUGGGAAAAGUUGCCCUGUUUUAUACUGUGCUAAACCAAUGAACGGUCACACUUAGCUAAGUGACACAUGCCGACCAUAGCACUCCACGUAUUUAGUUUGAUUUCUUCGCAUCAAGGACUUCAGUGAUCGUCUGUUAGAUGGAUCUGGGUCAUGUUAUUUAGGAACUAAAUGGAUGAAAACUAACUGAAACAGGGAGGGACUAUUUGGACCCAAACACACGGCUUGUGUGAUCCUGGACACCUGAAAGGGCUUCCAUGUCAGCUUGACCCAUGUUCACUUAUCCACGGGGUCCCUUUCGUUUAACUAUCCGCCUGACUGUGCUCUCAUGUGUUCACGACAUUUAAUGAACCUGUAGGGGGAUGAGAUCUUUUAUCUGUUCCCCGUCAAAUCAGGUCCAAAAGAUUUGUCAAAUGUAAAGUUCCAAUCACGAUUGCCUUUGCACGUCUCCUGCUAGACUGGCUUAAUGCUUAGUGAUGUUGUAGCUGUUUGGGUUCCCUCAGUUGAUUAUCUAUCACCAUCUCACACACACACAGACACACUGGGCCAGUAUAAAAUACUUUCUUCCCCAUUACGAUGUCCUCCUUUACCUCUCAGACAACCUGUUAUAGAAUAAAGGCCUAUAUAUAAACAUAUUUUCAUGCUAUUUUUUUAUUAAGCUGUAUGUUCGUAUUGUGUUUGGGAGAUCAGAUCUAUUUCUGCUUGCCAUGGUGGGUUUCAGGCCUGAGGGGGGAACUGAAUAGGGUCUGAAGUCUGCCGCUGGUUAGCACUAAACUCAUCUCAAGUCUGAGGGGAAAGGGCUUUUGCACAAUGCUACGCCUUUCCCCCUUCUUUUUCUUAGUGGACACUUUAGUAUAGGGUCCCUUUUUAGUGGGAAUGUUGGGAAUGUUAGACGCGUCAGUCUGCCUCCAUGUUGUGCACAUUUUCACAUAUGCAUCCCGCAUUCAAUGCACAACGAACACACACUCGUCAUCAUGUUGUUCAGACAGUGGCACUGCACUGUGCCCCGUACCACACACACCUCUUUACCUGGGAAAUCAGUGAUGGGAGAAUAUCUUUUAACAGAGGUAAAAACGGUAAAAAGUAGAACAUUUAAAAAAGGUAAAUCGUAAUGGAAACUCAUAAGCUGUACAUUUCUAAUAAAAACAAAAAAACAA